AUGGCCGAUCUUUCCAAAUCUUCCAACGGCCCAACACCCCGCAGCGAGGAAGGCUACGAUCCCUCACUUCUUCCUGAUUUCGACCACGACUUCCUUUCCGACGAAGACCUACAAGCCUUCGCAAAUGCCCUCUCCGCUCCCGAUCCAUCCCCCAGCUCGGACAAUCUGCUCUCCCCUGCAGUGACCGCCACCAAUAGCCGGAGAGCAAGCACAACGCCCGGUGAUGGCUCGAAGAGCAGGGAGAGCCUAUUCAUAUCCGCGCAGAAUGAUUGGGCACCUGUAAUCCCGCCGCGGAAAGAAAAGCGCAGAGGCGAUAAGGUGAAAGGGCGGGUGAGGAAGCAGAGGCGCAAUAGGGAUGAGACAAGGGAGGGGCAUCUCUACACACUCCUGAAAUGGCCAUUCCUAGGCGUCGUAGGUGCUUGGGUUCUGGGGUUAGCGACAACAUAUCUACUCACGAGGCUGUACAUCUGGCUUUAUGAGCAUUUCAUUGCUUGGAGGGGUAAACGGGAGAGAUUGCGGAGGAAACUACAAGCUGCAGAGACCUAUAAGGAUUGGGUUGAUGCGGCAAAGGAAUUGGAUGCUUUUCUGGGGAACGACGGGUGGAAAGAAGAAGAUGUAUUUGCGUAUUAUGAUAGUAAGACCGUGAAGAGGGUGUUGGAGCAGAUGAGAAGGUGUAGGAGGAGGGUGGAGCAGCAGGAGAGAGGGAACGAGAACGAGGAUGUGAAUACCAGAGGAAAGGCUGUCGAGGAGUUGAAAGCCCUUGUUGAAGCGUGCGUGAAGAAUAAUUUCGUGGGGGUGGAGAAUGCCAGGUUGUACUCCCAAACUUAUUAUGGGACCAAGAACCUUGCACAGGAGUUUAUUGAUGAGGUCGUCAAGGGCGUCUCAAUACUCGUAGAUACAAACCAACUCGGCCCAGAGGAGAAACGGACGCUGUUCAAGAGGAUGCACACCAACUACGGCAGAACAGCAUUAUGUUUGUCUGGUGGGGCUUCCUUUGCGUACUAUCAUUUUGGAGUAGUCAAAGCUCUUCUGGAUGCAGACCUAUUACCAGAUGUGAUCACAGGUACUUCGGGUGGGGCACUUAUCGCUGCGUUGGUAGCCACAAGAACAAACGAAGAGCUUAAAAAGCUACUUGUUCCGGCUUUAGCAGGUCGAAUAAACGCUUGUUCAGAGGGAAUCAAUGUAUGGGGACCUCGAUGGUGGAAGACCGGCGCUCGAUUUGACUCCUUGGAGUGGGCAAAGAAGUGUAGUUGGUUUACAAGGGGAAGUAUGACAUUCAGAGAGGCAUACGAGAGAACUGGGAGAAUACUCAACGUCUCUUGUGUGCCUUCCGAUCCUCAUUCCCCAACGAUUCUUACGAAUUAUCUCACGAGUCCGGACUGUGUCAUCUGGUCUGCGGUCAUUGCCUCUGCCGCAGUUCCUGGGAUCUUGAAUCCCGUAGUCCUCAUGAUGAAAUCACAAGAUGGCAAUCUCGUCCCGUAUUCUUUUGGCCACAAGUGGAAGGAUGGCAGUCUUCGAACUGAUAUUCCCUUAAAAGCACUCAACCUCCACUUCAACGUUAAUUUCAGCAUAGUGAGCCAAGUCAACCCUCACAUAAACCUAUUUUUCUUCUCUUCUCGUGGAUCCGUUGGUCAGCCUGUCACUCACCGAAAAGGACGAGGUUGGCGAGGUGGAUUUCUAGGCAGUGCCGCAGAGCAAUACCUCAAACUCGACUUGAACAAAUGGCUGAAAGUACUGAGACAUCUGGAGCUUCUGCCACGACCCUUGGGCCAAGAUUGGAGCGAGAUAUGGCUGCAACAAUUCUCAGGUACAAUCACAAUCUGGCCACGCUCCCUUGUCUCGGAUUUCUGGCGUAUCCUGACCGAUCCAACCCCCAAACAACUUGCACGGAUGUUACACGUAGGCCAACAGAGCGCCUUCCCUAAAUUGCAAUACCUUGCCAACAGGAUGAAAGUAGAGCGGAUGGUAGAGAAAGGCAGAAGGCAGACUAGAGUGGGGGUCAGAAGAGGCUCUAUUGAAAGCAUCCUGAGUGAAGCCGAUAUCAGGAGCUUGCUAAGGAAGGGUGAUGAGACACAUAGCGCAACGGCGACGGAAGACGAGACAGAUGUGGUGACUACAGAAGAUGACUUUGAGGAUGCGGUGGAGGAUGAGAAGCUGUUGGAUAUGGCGGAUCCCAAGGACAUUUGA